GGCACCCCGCCUCCGGGGGGCAAGCGCCCGGGAGGCUGAGGAGCGCAGGCAGCAGAGGAGGGGAGGAGGAGGAGGACAGCGCCAUGACUCAUUUGCAGGCAGGUCUCUCCCCGGAGACUCUGGAGAAAGCUCGGCUGGAGCUGAACGAGAAUCCCGACACCUUGCACCAGGACAUCCAGGAGGUGCGGGACAUGGUCAUCACCCGGCCAGAUAUCGGCUUUCUCCGCACCGACGAUGCCUUCAUCCUGCGAUUCCUGCGGGCCAGGAAGUUUCAGCACUUCGAGGCGUUUCGCCUCCUGGCCCAGUACUUUGAAUAUCGCCAGCAGAACCUGGACAUGUUCAAGAGCUUCAAGGCCACAGACCCGGGCAUCAAGCAGGCACUGAAGGAUGGCUUCCCUGGAGGGCUGGCCAACCUUGACCACUACGGCAGGAAGAUCCUCGUGCUUUUUGCUGCCAACUGGGACCAGAGCAGGUACACACUGGUGGAUAUUUUGCGCGCCAUACUUCUUUCUUUAGAAGCCAUGAUAGAAGACCCUGAGCUUCAAGUGAAUGGAUUUGUUUUGAUUAUAGACUGGAGCAACUUCACCUUCAAGCAGGCCUCCAAGCUCACACCAAGCAUGCUUAGAUUAGCCAUCGAGGGCCUUCAGGACAGUUUUCCAGCUCGGUUUGGAGGAAUACAUUUCGUCAAUCAACCGUGGUAUAUCCAUGCCCUCUACACAGUUAUACGGCCCUUUUUAAAGGAGAAGACGCGAAAAAGGAUAUUCCUGCAUGGUAAUAACCUCAACAGCCUGCAUCAGCUAAUACACCCUGAGAUCUUGCCAUCAGAGUUUGGUGGAAUGUUGCCCCCCUAUGACAUGGGGACAUGGGCAAGAACACUGCUCGACCAUGAAUAUGAUGAUGACAGUGAAUGCAAUGUGGACUCCUACAACACUCCUUCAAAGGAUAUAGAGAAGGACCUCUCUCCCAAGUCCAUGAAAAGGUCUCAGUCAGUUGUGGAUCCAGGGGUACUGAAACGCAUGGAUAAGAAUGAGGAAGAAAACAUGCAGCCUUUGCUUUCACUUGACUAGCAGUUCCUGAGUAUCAGACACGAACUGAGGUAGAAGGUAUUGCCUCUCAGCUGCAGCAAGCAAACCAUUGGGAAAAGUGUACCAGCUGGAAACCUAUUUACUCAUAUUAAUGUAGCAUAAUGGCAGCAGGCAGCAGGUUUUACUAUUCUGCCUGAAUUCUGGAUGUCCUGAGAUGAAAAAGAAGAGGAGAAAAAAGAAAAAUAAAAUGAAAUUAAAAAUAAAGAGGAAUCAAUAAUUUAUUCUGUAAGUGCCAACUUGUUUGUAAAUACAAUAUAAUCCUCCAAUUUGACUUUGUAAGUUAUGGGAAACAAAUGCUGUGGAAAUGAGUGACUUAAAUAUGUCAGUGAAGUGUACUGUAAAAAAAACAGAGAAGAAAAUGUGACCGUGCUCUCUCUCACACACACACACACAGAGAAACAUACUGGACAAGGAAAAAUAUCAAAGCCAAUUAAAUGUUGGCCUUCUCUCACAGGAAGCCAUAUUGCAGCUAGCACAUUGACUGCUGUUUUGUUUUCUCUCUGCAAUGCUGAUGUAGAGGGCAAAGAUAAAGAGGGAAUAUAAGAACUUGGAGAUGCUGUAAUCGGGCAAAUAUUUCCUAACUGUAGAAACUGAUUUCCCAGAUAAUAUUAUGGCUUUAGGAUAGUGAUUUAGCAUAAACCAUGUAGCAUUGUGAAAAAGAUAACAGAUGAGCUGGGAUCAACUCUUUAACAGUUUUGUUUUUUCACUGUAUGUAUCUGUGAGGUUUCUUCCUUAACUUUUCAUUUACAGUUUGCAAGUAACCUGGCUUGUUACCCUAACCUGGAUGUUGUAAUGUGGGACACAUUGGAGUUACUUCUCUUGCAUUUUGGAUGCAUGUUAAUUUUUCCAGAACUCUGUUCUCCCUUGGAAAUAGUCCUCUAAAUACAGCGUAAUAACUGGUAUUCAAAAGUAAAGCCUGGCAGCAGAUGUUGAAAAUUAAUCACUGAAUCCUGUGCACUGAGAGACUGGAUACAUACAUAUUUUUACCAAUCUCUGACAAGCAUACAAGGUGACAUUGUUAGACAAGUAUAAUUAAUUGAAGGUUUAUACAAUAAAUCAUACCUAUUCGAUGUACUUAGAUAUAUUAUAGAAUGUAUAUUGAGACAAUGUCAUUAUUAAUAUAGUAAACUUUCCAUAAAAGAACAGCAUUCCACUCCAAGUAAGGAUUUAAUAUAAAUAAAUCGUAAUCAAAUGUCUCAGCCUAUGUGUUUAGGACACUUUUGUUUUGGUUGUAGUGUAACUGUAUAUAUUGAACAUGUGCCAUAAUAGAGAAGUACAUUUUACCUCAAAAGGACAACAGGUUUCACUAGGGAUUGGGUAAAUCAGCAGAAAUGCAGAGGCUAUGUCAUCUUUGUUAUGUGCUGGCUGAUGCCUGUGCAGCCUGUUGAAUGCUGAGGCAAGAAUGUAAUUUCUUAUUAGGACUAAACUCUUCAAUUAGAGUGAGGACACAGAGUGCCCACCAAGACAUCUGAAUAGUUGGAGGCAUUGCAAGAGCAUGUCUGGGCAAUGGAGGGAUUAGUUAGGAAUUCACUGACCAUGGUGCAGGAGAUAGCUCACAGCAACCCCAUCUCCCAAGUACCUGAGUUUAUAAAGAAUUUCUUCUGUCGCUUCAGUGAUCACUGAAGUUUCAAAGUCACCAGUUGUGGGUCACCUCUCCUCACCCAGCUGUCAGAUCCAGUAGGCUGGGAUGAGUUAAGAGAGAGCAGAGUGUGAAAUGCUGGAUGAGUGUGGUCUUAGAGUUUAGCUGUAACUUCUGUAGUGGCAGCUUUGGCAUUUCUCAGGGCUGAGACAACCCUGUCUCUUCCAGCAUCACCCUUGAUUAGCCCAGGCAGCACACAGAUAAAGCUUUCCUACUUUGCAGUUCGGUAUAUAGUGUAUGCCCCAACAGGUGGUCGCCUCGCAGGAACUUGUCUGAACAAGUCAUUGCCUUUCUACUCUCCUAAUACUUUUUUCUUGAUGCUUGUUACGAAAUGCAAAAAGAAAAGAUACAGAGCCUGAAUGUCUUUUCAGUCUGUCCUAUAGGUUCUCAGUAGUAGAAACUGUUGUAAUACUACUUCUGUGGCUUGAGAAACUUGAAAGAUUGAUGAAUUCUUAUGAACUAUUUUAUUCAGUCCUAUUUUUCGUAUACCUUGUAACAUCAUGCUGGAUAGGUGAGAUGUAUCUCUAGGAUUUGCAUAAGUGCCAUAUUUAAAUGUAUGUUAUAUGUGCCCACGUAUAUAUGGUUAGUGGAAUAGUACUUUACCAUUGAUCUGAUUUUUAAAUCCUUAUCAGAUUAAACUCUUUUUAACAGUAGAAAUGUUCUUCUUGUAAGGGCUUCGACAUUUAGUCAGUAUUCCAUAUGUACACAAACUGUGAUGCAGUGGUCAUCCAAAUCUUCAUGGAUGCUUUUGGAUAUAUGAGCCAAACCUUGGUGUAAACCAGCACAAGGCUGAUUUUAGAGUACAUCAGCUGCCUGGUCAGAAAAUGCAAAUACCUCUUACAUCCCCACAGAGCAUCUUUGUAGGAAAUCAUAUCUGCCCAACCGUGUGAAGCUUAAAAUUUCUUUUGAAGUUUAUAAAUUUGUUUUGUUUGCAAAUCCUUUAUUUAUGCACUUAGCUGUAAUUUAUGUCAUGUUUUCUGAUGCCUGAUUUCAGUUUCAAGUUAAUGAAUAUUAAUAUAUUCUUUCCAGAAAGAGAAAGUGGGAUGUAUUAUAAUUUUGUGUAACUGGUACCUCAUCUUUCACCAAGAGCAAAACUACUUUUUCGAGAAGAUCCUCACUGUUGAAGAGUUGGGCUACAGGUCUUCUUGGUCACAGCUUUUAUUUUGCUGAAACAAAUUCUGACAAUAGUAACUGCAGUUGUGACAUUGGAUAAGAAUAUGAAAUUGGGUAAGAAAAGUUAUUAUCCUUUACUUAUUUUUCAAGACAUUUAUCUUUUACACAUCAGGGUACAUAAAGGGUUACCACCUUUCCCUUGCUUCUUGUAGAAAAUCUUUAAAGGUAGGUCAAUUUUUAAUAUUUUGAAUUUGGACUAUAACCUUUUUCCAAUCUUUAUUAUCAUAGGAAUCAAUGUCUAAUUUUUAUAGCAGAAUUUAAAUGCUAAAAAUAGAAUUCAAGUGCUCGGGAGGAAUUCCUCUUAAUUUCUUACCUUCAUUGUAUAUUGGAUAGAAUAAAAUUUGUGGUAAUUGUGCAUGCCAAUAUGCAUAUAAAAAGAAUAUCCUGCAGUAUGGGGAACUUAGUGGAAAAACUGGGUACACCUGUCCAAGCAACUAAGUGACAUAAAAGGGGGAGGGGAAAAAGUGUAAAAUUUGAUAGUUUAUCAAGAUCUAAAAAUAUCCCCUUACAUGAUGUCUCUUCCAUGAAACAGAUUAUUUAAAAAUAUAUGGAGAAGUUGUGGAAACUUACAUGCCCAAAGCCUUCCUCCUCUAAUAAGAGAUGCCUGUAGUCUCUUGACCUUUUAAAGACAGGUAAUCAGUCCCACUAAGCUCCAACAAAUACACAGGCUCCCUAUAGUUAUUACUUGUAAAAUAGCUUUAAGAUGUCUUUACAGAGAUGUAAAUUUACUGUAUAGCAUAUUUAAGAAGAUGUUUUGCACUCUGCAAAAAUGCUAUGCCUAGUCAGAAAAGAUACCUGUAGAGAUAUACAUAACCUAAACACAGAAUUAAAGAAAAUAGAAGGGAUGUCAAGAGGUCACUGAUAUUUGGAGAAGCAGAUUCACUUCAGUGUGUCUCUUAAAUAAUUGCUUUAGCUCAGUACCUUGCAUGGAAUGCUCUUUGUAUUAUUUAAUCACAGUCACAGCAAAGCCUAAGUACCUUACCUGACAAAAUGGUAAUCUGACAGUAUUUUGUUCAUGCCUUUUAUUAUUUAGCUGCUCUGUUUGGGAAAUUAAAAAGUUUGCCAACUAUCCUAAGAAUUAGCAUUUAGAAUUACCUGGGAAACAAUUUGCAAUAAGUGUUGUUCAUGUCCCUGUUCUUAUAUUGUUUCUGUUAUUAUCAUUAUAUGUAUUCAUCAAAAAUUUUAGAAAAAGUCAUGUUUGGAAGAGCAUGGAAGAGAGAAAAAAAAAAAUCAGGCUGCAGGAUUUUGUUUAGAAUACUGAAACAGGAUUUGAGGGGGCACUGGGUUUGGUUUUGAUAAUUUUUACUUGCCUAUAGGGAACACCCUGCUGAGCUAUCAACAGUGUUGGAAACCAGGACAAAUUUGGAAGAUAAAUAUCAAUGUGAAAAGCAAAGGAUUGUACUGAAAAAUCACUGAAUUAUCUGGCUAUCUCUAUUAUGUCCUUCUAAAGAAAGGCAUUUUGCAAGUAGCUUGUGAGUGUAUUUUUGGUGCUGAGAGUAGUACUUUCGUCCAAGUUCAAAGCACACUAUGAAAUAAAGAAAAUAACUGUUAUCCUAUUUCUUAGGUAGGAAAGCAGAAACAUAGCCAGUUAGAAACAUUAAAAUCUCUAUGGAAGGCAUUCACAUAGUGUUUAUAUAUGGCAAAAACGACGCUUUGAUCACUCAGUCUAGUUUGAAUUCCAGGAGAGAAAAAAUGUCCAGUAAAGAAGUUUGAGCUUCGUCAGGAUCUCCUUUUGAGGGCCUUGAAAGAUACUUAAUUCCCAUUAGCUGUAUAAGGAACAUGGGCAUUUUAUUUAGAGGCACGCUUAAGUGACCACAAAUGAAGGUGCAAGCCAGGUAGGUAGGAUCUCACAUCCUGUAUUACCUUGUAACCUUGAAUGAUCCAAUGUAAAGGGUCUGUAUUUAGCACAUUAACUUGGGCAUACCCUUCAGUCUGCAUUUCAGCUUUUAUUGUGUGGGAAGCUUUUCUUAUCAGCUUUUGGUAUCUUAAUUUGUUUCUUUCAUAUGGGUUUUUUGCCGCAAAAUGACCUUGACCCCUGUUGGAUUGCACAGUUUGCAAAGUGACUUUGUUGUUAAGAAAUAACUUCUGGUAUGCUGGGCAGUGAGGAAGUUGAAACACACUUUGACAACUACUUUGUCCUUCUCCAGUGUUUUUUGUGUGUAAACUGCAUUACUUGGUAACAGACAUGCCAAACUUGUGUGAUACGAGUUUAAAAAGAACCAAAAAAACCCACAGAAGCUUCUGCAGUGAGUUCAGAAUCUGAGUUAAUGGUAUCGCUGUGGAAUCCAAAUGGAGGGGAAGCACUGCACACAGGCAAAAUACAGAAAUCUCCAACGGAAAAUGCUGAUGGUUCCUUGUGGCACACAUUUUUGUUAAAACAUGGCCAGAGUAUUUUGUCUGUGGGGCCCCUGGUUGGCCAGCUCCAUUGUUUGGGAUUUGUUUCUUGUCAUUUACAAGUCCCCUCUAAUAAGGUUGUGACAAAGCUUCCUUCUGCUUUUAGUGGAAAAUUCACUUCCAGACAAUUGGCAUAUCUUUAAAUUUGCAGACAAAUGGCAGGGGUUGAUUAGGUUUUGUAUUCUAUAUGGAAAUGCUGGUGUGAUUCCUUAAAGAGGCUGUCACAUCAGCAGCAGCACACAGCGGUGCCUAAAGGCAAGCAUCUCAAAUCAGAUCCCUUGGUUAAUAAAAAUUUAAGGGAGAAAACAGCGAGGGAAAAGAUAAUGGCAAGUGAUAAAUACAAUAUUUAAAAUUAAAUCCAAAAGCGAAAUUGCAGGAGAAAGCCAUAUGAAUGGCAAAAACAAUGUGAGUGAACUUGUAUGAAUAUUUCUAAGAAGUGUAUCAGUGGCCUAUGUUGUGUUCCCCCCAUCUACAUUAGGAGCAGAGUUCCCAUUUUUCACAUGGGCUAUAUUUCAUGGCCAUGGUGGAGUUUCCUAAAUCUUUAGAAAACUUGUCAGUUACCAUGUGAAGUUGUAGGUACAGUAGCUGAGAUUAUGAACAUGUUUUAAUGGAUCAGUGCACGUCACCAAAUCCUCACCUGGAGACGGGUGCUGGGCUGACUCAUAUCCUGCCUGUCUGAUAAGUUAUGCAGGGAGAGAAAGAAAGGAGCUGGACACCCAUAAGGAAGGCGGGAGACCUAUGGAGAAGACAACAGGGAGUUAGAGUGAACCGAUCAAUCAUUUUGAUGUCAUGGUGAGGGAGGCGAGGCUUUCACUUGCUCUGUGAUGUGAGAGGACUUAUGAACCCCACUGCACUUGGUCUCCGGAAAGGAGAGAGAACAUCUUUCUCUCUUUCCAAGACAAACUUGGUUUUGAUAUAUUGAAAUCUGAAGCAUAUGCUGGGCCUUAGCUGCCUCUGCUGCUGUUGUUUCCAUGGUGGCUCUUGGGAUGUUGGCUUUCAUGUAGCAUGCAGGAUCUGGGAAGCUGAUAUUCACCAGCCUGUCCACAGGAAGAGAAGGAAGGGAUGUAUUCUGCAAGACUGCUGCCGAGAGAAUUUGGUGGGAGAAUUCAGCACUUGCUUGGAUUAAAGCCUGUCUUGCCCUGACAUCAGUAUCAGCACCUGCUCUGUGUGGGCGGCUCUAAGUGUGAGUGGUGUGAUGUCCCAGGCCCACCUCAAUAUCUUGUGCUAAUCAUGCAGCCUUUGAGCUGUAGCUGGUGAUCUGUGUCCUGUGUCUUUUAACAGUUCUGCUGGUGAUGUUAAUAGUAGCCAUUAGUCAAGAGUGGAGGUGAUUUAAAAGGAACCUGACAACUGCAAGCAUCACUUUUAACAUCUAAAAAUAUUAAAUUGGUGGUUGUUGCAAGUAAUGCAUAAGAUUAUGAUAAUUUAAAGAGUUUCAGGGUUUGGUUGCAUUGUAUCCUUGAUGUGACUUAGUGUAUAAUCGCUUUUCCUUAAAUAUGGUUUUCCCUGAGGUUUGUGUGCAUCUUUCACACAUCAGUGGCAGACGGAAUAAAAUAGUAGAAGAUGUGAUUCUAAAACUAUGAAUAUAUUCAAAGGGGCACAUACAGAGUAUCUGACAGUAUUUUGUUUUGCGGUUAACUAGUGUUCAACUUGACAAUAGUGUCUCUCUUAUAUCAUUUAGUUCUCUAGCUCUUUCACUCUAUGAACUGUUGUGUGAAAUGUGUCCUACAAACCUUGCCCAGCUCUGCAUCCUUUCUUGUCCUAGCCCCUUGUAUUCAGCAACAUUCUGUCUUCUGUAUGUGUGUUAUUCUAUGAAUAGCUUGAGAAAACUGUAAAAAAAAGCCAUCACCCUGAUAAUCUGCAAACUAGAGCUUGAGGACCACUUUUAAAAAUAUUUCCCUUGUACGGAUCUCCAGGAACAGCAUGAAAUGGAAAAUGAGCACAGCAGCUGACCUCAUCAUAGAGGAGUACAGAAAAGACUCUGGCUGGGAGUCCACACAGAUGUACACAGACAGUUAUCUAAAACAGCUCUUAUGAUUUAAGAUGUUACCUUCCCCUGGUUGUCAACUAUUACUUUUCAGGUACUACCCCUAUGUUUAAGCAACAGCAGACUAUAGAAGUACUCCUGUCCCCAUGAAGGUUGUGCACAACUCAUGCUAACUGUUGGUUCUGCACUCAUGCAAAUGUAAAAGCACUCACAUAAUCUAUUAAUACAACUCUUAUCAUGAGAAUAAUGAUUAACAGCUAGACAUGGUGACAUCUAAAUUGCUUGAUUGGCUAUCUGUGCCUUAAGGCUCUGGUGAUCUGUAGUACUUGCAUUGCAGUAACCACUGAAUAAAUUUUUUUUGGCAUGCAACAAUCUACUUUGGAGCCUUAUAGAAAAUACUAUAUCAGCAUAUAAAAAAUAAAACAUUUAAAUUACAGGAGUAAUUUACAAACAGUGCUGGUAUCCUCAGGAUAAAAUUUGUUUGUGUCGGUUUAGUACUGUUAGGACUCAGGGGGUCUGAGAUUUGUAAAGCCAGGACAAGUCUUAUCAAUCAUGUUCUCUCUAUGUAUAGUUUCAAUAACUAUUCUCUUUUUACAACUUGUUGUCAGUUUGAAAUUUAUUCUUGGACCUAGUAAAAUGGUUACUUUUGGUCUGUUGUGUUCCAACCUAAAAUCUGACAAUUAAACAACUCUGUGAAACAUGUCACUCUUUAUAUUGUAUAUUUAAAUAUCAUCAGUUCUCUGUGAUCAAUGGGCUGCUUUAGAGAGUGCUACUACUUUAAAUCAUUAUUGGUUACUGAAAAGAAUGACAUUCUGUUAAAUAAAAUAUGACCAAAUGAAAAUUAAAAUACAUAUAUAUUUUUGUGUUUGUA